AUGCCCAACCAUCUAGACGUACAGAUCAGGGAGAUCCCGAAGACCAUCGAAGGCCACAUCUUCAAGGCCACUCUGCACUUCAAGGGUAUGCUGAUCUGGGGACCCAUCUCAUGCCACGACAAUGUCGUUCUCCUGAUGCAAGCGAUCCGCGAUGGAGACCCCCGUUUUGAAUUUCACCUUGAGAAGAAGGAACACACGGUGGAAGGCCACACCAGACAGAUCAUCGUCAAGGUCGACGGCGUAGAGCUGGAGAGGCUCUCGGUGCACGACAACAUGGAUCAGAUGGUCGAGCAGAUCCACCUCAUGCAGGAACUCUACCCUCAGCUCUAG